AUGAUUGAUGUUCCUCAUUUUGUAUUAUUUCCCUUAAUAGCCCAAGGACACAUUAUCCCUAUGAUAGACAUAGCUAAACUCUUAGCACAACGUGGUGUUCUUGUAACAAUAUUUACUACACCAAAAAAUGCAUCACGUUUUAGUUCUGUUCUUUCUCGUGCUGUUUCUUCUGGCCUCAAAAUUAAUGUCUUAACACUCAAUUUUCCAUCAAAAGAAGCUGGAUUACCAGAAGGGUGUGAGAAUUUUGACAUGGUGAAUUCAAAAGAUAUGAGAUCGAACCUCUUCCAUGCAAUUUCCAUGCUUCAAAAACCAGCUCAAGAGUUGUUUGAUGCAUUGACACCGAAACCAAGUUGUGUUAUUUCUGAUUUUUGCAUUCCUUGGACUUUACAAAUAACUGAAAAACAUCAAAUUCCAAGGAUUUCAUUUCAUGGUUUUUCUUGCUUCUGUCUUCAAUGCAUACUCAAGGUAAAUACAUCAAAGAUUCUUGAGAGUGUCAAUUCAGAAUCUGAGUAUUUCACUGUGCCUGGCAUACCUGACCAAAUUCGAGCUACCAAAGUGCAAGUACCAGGAGGAACAAUGCCAGAUGUUUUGAAGGAGUUUAAAGAGAAGAUGAAUGAGGCUGAAGUGAAGUCAUAUGGUGAAAUCAUUAACACUUUUGAGGAGUUGGAGGAAGCAUAUGUUAAGGAUUUCAAGAAAGAAAGAAAUGAUAAAGUAUGGUGUGUUGGACCUGUUUCACUUUGCAACAAAGAUGGUUUGGACAAGGCACAAAGAGGUAACAUGGCUUCAAUAAGUGAACAUCAUUGCUCAAAUUGGCUAGAUAUGCACCAGCCAAAGUCUGUGGUUUAUGCUUGUCUUGGAAGUUUAUGCAACUUAGUUCCUUCACAGCAUAUGGAAUUGGCUUUGGCUUUGGAAGCAACAGAAAGGCCAUUUAUUUGGGUUAUUAGGGAAGGAAAUAAAAGUGAAGAGUUGGAAAAAUGGAUUAGUGAAGAAAGGUUUGAGGAAAGGAACAAAGGGAGAGGCCUUAUAAUUAGAGGUUGGGCUCCACAAGUGGUGAUAUUAUCACACCCUUCAAUUGGAGGAUUCUUAACACAUUGUGGUUGGAAUUCGAUACUUGAAGGGAUAAGUGCUGGUGUGCCAAUGGCAACUUGGCCAUUAUUUGCUGACCAGUUUUUGAAUGAGAAGCUUGUUACUCAAGUGUUGAGGAUUGGAGUGAGCCUUGGUGUAGAGGUUCCAAUGAGGUGGGGACUGGAAGAGAAAGUAGGUGUCUUGGUGAAGAAGGAAGGUAUCAAGGAGGCAAUAUGUAUGGUGAUGGAUGAGGGAGAAGAAAGUAAAGAGAUAAGAGAAAGGGUUAGUAAAUUAAGUGACAUUGCAAAUAGAGCUGUUGAAAAAGGUGGUUCCUCUUAUCUAAAUAUGACCUUGCUUAUCCAAGAUAUCAUGCAACAAAAAUCAAGCAGCAAAGUUGAAACAUGA